CGCAAAUAAACAUUUUGUAACCUGUUCAGCGCGAACACAUGCACGGUACACGUGAGAUUGAGACGAGGUGAAAGUAAAAUACCCUCCGUGGUGAAACUAGUCAUUAUUAUUAGCAGCAGGAGGGUUCAGGCUGGGACAGGAAAGAUCACUCCACCUUGCGAACCGUCAGCUUCAGGUCUCACCACAUAAAGGCUCUGAUUCCGGAGGUCAGAAGAGUUGAUGAACUCCCCAAUGGCCAAGCACCGGUCGCUUCACUGGUUCCGCAAGGGGCUGCGCCUCCAUGACAACCCCUCCCUGCUGGCAGCAGUGAAGGAUAGCCAGGAGUUCCGUGCCAUAUUCGUCCUCGACCCUGUAUUUGUCAAAUCUGGCACCGUCGGGAUCAAUAGAUGGCGCUUUCUCCUCCAGUCACUGCGUGAUCUUGACGAGGGGCUGAAGCGUCUUGGAAGCAGGUUGUAUGUGUUGAGAGGCAAGCCUACGGAAGUCUUUCCAGACAUCUUCAAGAGCUGGCAGAUCAGUCACUUGACGUUUGAACACGACACGGAACCAUAUGCUAAGAUUCGAGAUGAGGCCGUGACAACCAUUGCUGAGGAACACGGCGUUCGGGUCACCCAGAAGACAUCACACACUCUCUACGACAUACAGAGCAUCUUGAAGGCUAAUGGCGGUAAACCCCCAUCGACAUAUCAAAGCCUUCUCUCAGUCCUGUCCAAGAUGCCCCCACCUCGAAAACCAGAACCGGCACUGAGCAAGGAACACCUUAAAGAUUGUAAAUUACCUGUUGGUACAGAUCAUGACGGUGAAUUCGGUGUUCCGUCUCUGGAGGAACUGGGUCUGGAUCCAAAUGAUGCCGGCCCAGUCCUUUUUCCAGGGGGAGAGACAGAGGCCUUACAAAGGAUGGAAGAGCAUCUAGAGAGACAGGACUGGGUGUGCAAGUUUGAGAAGCCCAAGACAGAGCCCAACACACUCAGCCCCAGCACAACAGUGCUGAGCCCCUACCUGAAAUUUGGCUGCCUGUCUCCGCGGUUAUUUUAUCACAGAGUCCAGGACGUCUACGCGCGCAAGAAGAGCCACAGCAAGCCCCCGGUCUCCCUCCAUGGUCAGCUGCUCUGGAGAGAGUUCUUCUACACGGUGGCAGCCGCCACCCCCAACUUUCACAAGAUGGAGGGUAAUGCUGUCUGCCUGCAGGUGCCUUGGGAUACUAACGAGGAAUACUUCCAAGCAUGGAAACAGGCACGUACAGGGUAUCCAUUCAUCGAUGCAAUCAUGACCCAGCUGAAGCAGGAAGGUUGGAUCCAUCAUCUUGCCCGCCACGCUGUGGCUUGCUUCCUGACGCGAGGUGACCUGUGGAUCAGCUGGGAGGAAGGGCAGAAGGUCUUUGAGGAGUGGCUACUCGACGCUGACUACAGCCUGAAUGCUGGCAACUGGAUGUGGCUGUCGGCCAGUGCUUUCUUCCAUCAGUAUUUCCGAGUUUACAGUCCCACGGUCUUUGGCAAGAAAACUGACAAGAACGGCGAUUACAUCAGGAAAUAUCUGCCAGUGCUCAAGAAGAUGCCAGCACAGUAUAUCUACGAGCCGUGGACGGCGCCCCGCAGCGUGCAGGAGAAGGCAGGGUGCAUUAUGGGCACCGACUACCCCCGGCCAAUAGUCGAUCACAGCGUGGUCAUGAAGCGCAACAUGGAGAGGAUGAAAAGGGCACGGGCUGCCAAAUAUGGGGACAGUAACGCCAACAGCAAGUCACAGAAGGAAGCUUCUUCUUCAAAGAAGAAAGUAAAUGCAGGUGGCUUAAAAAGGAAGAGCAAAGCCGAAGAUUCUGGUCACUCCACCAAGAAGACCAAGGAGAUAUCUGACUUCUUCUAGAGGUGCACUCCGUGAAAGAAUUCGAAGGCCCUUAGAACACAUGACUCAUCGUGAUUGACACCUGACCCCAGGCAGACUCCUUAUUAAAAAAAAACACCCUAAAGACUCUGAAAUUGGCUGACAACAGUCCCACGAGAAAGCUUAUCAUAAAAAGACGCUAAUAAUUCCUUCUAGUAUGACAGUGCAACUUGAAAUUAUGGCCACUGAACAUUAAUCUACUGACUUUUAGUGGUUGACCGUAACUGUUUCAUAGGCACCCAUAUUUAUUGUAACAAACCUCUUUGUUCUAUUUAUUUGUCCAUUCAUCACAUUUUUCUACUGGGUAUAUUGUAUGUAAGACUUUCCAUCGUCAGCAUUUAUUUCAAGUAGGUAGUUUUGUGGUGGAGUUUCAUUGGUUUCCAAAUUUUCAAUCAUUUCUUAAUCAGUUUUGUAGUGUUAAAAAGUCUCAGGAGAAGGGAACUAUUGUUUUAAAAAGUUAAUGUAUUAUGGUUAAUGUUUUGACCCACGUAGAAUUGUGUAGAAUUAAUAUUAAAAGUUCUAGAAUUCAUUAGAAUGUUAGAACCGGUUCCAUACAAGUUUUACAAUCUUCGGAUGUUUUCUUAAUGGGAUGAAACAUGAGUGUUUGACCAUGUUAAUUUAAAAAGACUGCGGGUGAGCUUAACCCACACUUUAGUAAAGAAUUGAGUUGUUUUAGAUUUGGAUUUCCAGCACAAGUGAGACAAUGAGAAAGAAAUAAAGUUGAUUUUAAAAAAA